CGGCGCGAUCGGCCGGGCUGUAACCGUCGUCCGUCCGGUAGCGGCUGGAGCGGCAGCGGCGGCCGGGCACGGCGCGAGGCGACGCCACAGGGCAGCGGCGGCAGCGGGGCCAGCGGCGGCAGCAGGAGACGCAGCGGCGGCCGCAGCAGCAGCAGCAAGACGGACUCGUGGACACGCGCCGCCGCCGCCGCCGGGCCAGGCCGGGUGUCGCGCGCCGAGGCUGGGGGGGAGUCGUCGCCGCCGCCGCCACCGCUACCGCCGCCGCCGCCGCCGCCGAGGUGACUGAGGAGAGAGGCGCCUCCUCGCUCCCGCCGCCGCCGGACUUCAAUGCCCAGUCCCCAGCUCGCCAGCGUGGUAACAACUACUCAAGAGUUGUGAGGAAAAUAAGUUAAUUUUUUUGAAAAAUACUUUAUGGACUAGUGUUAUAAUUGGGGGCCGGUACAUAUCCUUUGGAUAGAAAGAAUUAAAUCCUCAAAGUGAAAUUUUGGUUUUUCGUUGGAAUAUACGUUGCACAUUUAUGGCGAUUCUGAGCGUGAGGGCAGACUUCUGCCAGGCUCAGCACAGCGUUUUCGCUGACAAGUGAGCUUGGGGGUUCUAUGUGCCAUAAUUAACAUUGCCUUGAAGACUCUGGACACCGAGACUGGCCUCAGAAAUAGUUGGCUUUUUUUUUUUUUUUUUAUUAUUGCAAGCAUAUUUCUUUUAAUGACUCCAGUAAAAUUAAGCAUCAAGUAAACAAAAGUGGAAAGCAACCUACACUUUUAACUUGUCUCACUAGUGCCUAAAUGUAGUAAAGGCUACUUAAAUUUUGAAUGUAGUUGGAUUUUUUUGGAGUCCGAAGGUAUCCAUCUGCAGACAUUGAGGCCCAAGUUGAAUUUGGAUUCAAGUGGAUUCUAAAUACUUCUGCUUACCUUGAAGAGAGAAGCUUCUUAAAGAAUAAACAAGUUGAAUAGAGAAAAACACUGAUCGAUAUUAGGCAUUUUAGUGGUCUUUUUAAUGUUUUCUGCUGUGAAACAUUUCAAGAUUUGAUUUUUUUUUUCAUUUUCCCCAUCACACCCACACACGCACGCUCACACUUUUUAUUUGCCAUAAUGAACCGUCCAGCCCCUGUGGAGAUCUCCUAUGAGAAUAUGCGUUUUCUGAUAACUCACAACCCUACCAAUGCUACCCUCAACAAGUUCACAGAGGAACUUAAGAAGUAUGGAGUGACAACUUUGGUUCGAGUUUGUGAUGCUACAUAUGAUAAAGCUCCAGUUGAAAAAGAAGGAAUCCACGUUCUAGAUUGGCCAUUUGAUGAUGGAGCGCCACCCCCUAAUCAGAUAGUAGACGAUUGGCUAAACUUGUUAAAAACCAAAUUUCGUGAAGAGCCAGGUUGCUGUGUUGCAGUGCAUUGUGUUGCAGGAUUGGGAAGGGCACCUGUGCUGGUUGCACUUGCUUUGAUUGAAUGUGGAAUGAAGUAUGAAGACGCAGUUCAGUUUAUAAGACAAAAAAGAAGGGGAGCAUUCAAUUCCAAACAGCUGCUUUACCUGGAGAAAUACCGACCUAAGAUGCGAUUGCGCGUCAGAGACACCAAUGGGCACUGCUGUGUUCAGUAGAAAGAAGUGUAAACGAAGGCUGGCUUGAUUGUGCAUUUAGGGGGAACUCUUGGUACCUGGAAAUGUGAAUCUGGAAUCUUAACUGUGUCACCAAAGUAGUGAUGGAUUCAGUACUCCUCAACCACUUUCCUAAUGAUUGGAAAAAAGCAAACAAAAAAGAAAUCCCUCUAUAACAUGAAUAAAAUGUUUAAGAAAAGAAAAAGAGAAGGAAAAAAGGGAUUAAUUCAGUGAAGGAUGAUUUUGCUCCUAAUUGUUGGAGUUUGAAUUUCUGCCAGGAUUGAAUUAUAUCAAAAUCUCCUGUCUUUUUUAACUUUUCAGAAUAUGUCUCCAAGGAAAACCAGCAGAACAUUAGCCUGUGCAGAACCAUCUGUUUGGGGAGCGCACUCUUCCAUUAUGCUUGGCACAUAGAUCUCCCUAUUGUGGGAUUUCUCUCCCUCUAUUUCUCUCUCUCUUUCUCCCCCUCUUUCUCUUUUCUUUUUUUCUUAUUUUCUUUCUUUCUUUCUUUCUUUCUUUCUUUCUUUCUUCUUUCUUCUUUCUUCUUUCUCUCUCUCUCUUUUUUUUUCUUUCUCUCUUUUUUGGUGGUAGGCGUAUAUUAUUCCCCUCUUCUUUCUUCAUCCCUCUUUUUUUCCCCUAAUACAUGUUUUAGAUGGAAUAGGAGAAGCCCUUGUUGCUGUAGAUGUGUGUGCAGUCUGGCAGCCUUAAGCCCACCUGGGCACUUUUAGAAAAAACAAAACAAAACAAAAAAACAAAAAAAGAAACAAAAAGUACCAAAAAAAAAAACAAAAACAAAAAAAAACAGUGGCAUAUAUAUUAUAUGAUCCAGGUGGUUUUUAGUCUUUACUGAUGAUAGGGUGUUCAUGUUAGUUUCUUUUCUUGAAAACCCUAUUCAACAUUAGGCAAAGUAGCCAGGAGCCUUUUGUUUUGGUUUUUAUUUUGGUAAAUUAGUGGGGAGAUGGCAUUUUAAGAAUAGUCUUUCUUCUCAAAGAACUUAGCUGAGAGUCAAAUUUUUCUCUUUCCCAACCAAUGAAGCUAAGUGGGUAUCCCAGAAACUUCUGUUUUCUGAAGGGGAGCACUCCAGGUUAUCACUAAAGAUGUGUCCAGGCAGAGAGUUAGCACACUUCUUAGAAUUGUGGAUUUGUAGCGUUACUCUGAUUUUCUGUCUAAUGAUAUCAGAGAACUACUACCAACUUUAAAAUUUUUAUUUAGGACUGACUUGUACUAUGAAUUUUCAGGAAUGGUGAAAGUAAUAACAGCAAAGAUAGGAUAUUUUGGACUUGAGAAAUGCCUGUGAUGUGUAUUUUUCAAACUGCCCCCUAUAUGUACAGUUCAGUUUAACCACUGAUUGCCUUGUUAUUUUCUUUAUGAGAUUUAAAAAAAAAUAAUUUGCUGGUUCCAAACCAACAAUGCCUAGUGAGUAUGUGUCCACAGGCCAUACAGGGUAGAAGAGAGACAUAAAGCAACCCAAUGAGUAGCAAAGGGACUGUAUUGUUGAUGAAAUGGUGUAGUGUCAUUUUUGGAGAUUCUUUGCCGGGUUCAAUGUGCUGAUCUAGAGAAGCUGUUUCUCUGCUCAUUUGCAGACGGCAGUUGUGACCAGGCUGCAUUGACAAAGCAAUUUGAAGGACACCAUCUGGGGCUCUUGCACUCUUCAUCUAAAUAUUACUUAAUAGUGCUCUGCUUCUAAGGAUUUGAAUAAAGGCUUAGGGUCAUCUUGUCUUGCUGGAAUUUGCUAUGCAGAGCCAUAAACUUCCCAUUUUUUUAAGGAUCAGCUAGGCCAGUAGGAAUGGACUGGGACCUUGUCUCACACUGAUGAUACCUCAGACGUUGGCUGGCUAUGUGAACUGCCUAUUUCCUAUGCUGGAGUUGUUUUGAUUUUUAACUAAAUGAAUAUCUGUAGAUUCUUUCCUCCCCUAUCCCAGAAAACAAAACAAAAUAAUGCUUUUUGAAACUGUUUCUAGAAUUUUAAAGUGAAAAAUGAUGGUACUCUCCAAAAUUCUUUAUUUCAGAACAUGACAAUAGAUUCUUAACAUAGGUUCAGGAUCAAAACAGCAUACCCUCUAAACUCAGACUGUCUGUUGACUCCAAGGGUUUUUUUUGAUCAAGACAGUAACAAACUUUUUUCCCUUUGACAUGCUCUGAUUUUUGUUGUUUGUGGGGAGUGUGUGUGUGUGUGUGUGUGUGUGUGUGUGUGUGUGCAGUGUCCAGCAGUAUCAGUGCCUGCCUGAGAUAGGAAAAUUACAUUCCUGGUUCUGUAUGAGGAGAAGGGUGUAUAAAGCAACAAGAAACAUUAUCCCUCAUUUUGUUUUAAAUUACAUACUAAUGUUAAUUGUUCUCAGAACUGGAUUUUCUUCCUCAAAAUUAAAAGUUUUUUUCUUUUGGAUUUAAUGAAGUAUUGCUAGCUGAAGCCAGUUUGACAUGGUGAGAGAGAUGUCAGACUGAUGAAAGGUGUGCAGCCUGAUUUAAAACCAAACCCUGAACCCUUUUAAAGAACAAUAAAACGUAUUUUACAUGCUC